AUGAACAUGUCGACGGCCACCAUCGUGAUCGUGGCGUUGAUCGCCCUCCUCGCCGUGGGUGUGAAGGCUACGCCUCUCGAUGACUAUGUCAACAAGCCCGAUAGCAACUACAAGUGGUUUGACACCAACGUCAGCUACACGGGCCCUGGCUAUCGCGUGCACAUCCUGAACAUGACUUCCCAGCAGUGGCUGACUGACAACGAUGUGGAUCGCAGCAUCUGGUGGCACUACAUGGCCAUCGUCAUUCCCGAGACCAUGAAGUACAAGGACACCAACACCAUGUACAUCACCGGUGAUUACAACACAGACAGCGUGCCGUCGCCCGACUCAGAAGACGUCCUCCUCUGCGUCUCCAUUGCCCUGACCUCCUUCGCUCCCUGCUCCGUUCUCUUCCAAAUCCCCAACGCUCCCAUCUACUUCAAGGCCGAGCAGCCCCCCACUCGUCGUGUGGAGGAUGCCAUCAUUGCCUACACCUGGAACCACUUCAUUGAGAACCCCAACGAGCCCGAAUGGCUGCUCCGCCUGCCCAUGACCAAGGCCGCCGUUCGUGCCAUGGACACUUCUGAGGCCUACCUCAAGAAAAACUACAACAUGGACAUUACGGGCCACAUCGUGGCUGGCGCUUCCAAGCGCGGCUGGACGACCUGGACCACUGCCGCUGUCGACAAGCGCGUCAAGGCCAUGGUUCCCAUUGUCAUGGACUUGCUCCAAAUGAUUCCCAAUGUGCACCACAUGUACCGCGCCUACGGCGGCUGGACCUUUGCCUUCAAGGACUACUACAGCAUGAACUUCACCCAGAACAUCGACCACCCCAACAUGCAGCUGCUGGCGGAUGUCGUUGAUCCCUACGUCUACCGCGAGCGCUACACCAUGCCCAAGCUUGUUGUUGACUCGACAGGCGACGAGUUCUUCCAGUUGGACGACAACUACUUUUGGUGGGACAACGUGACCCAGUACGGUGAAUCGCACCUCAUCUUCAUCAAGAACGCCGAGCACUCCCUUGUGACCGGCCUCGUUGAGGUUGUCAAGACCAUCUCCUCUUUUGUUCAUGACGUCAUUGCCAACGAGACUCGCCCUGAGAUGACCUGGAAGUUUGGCCGCAACGCCGACAACACCUCCGCCUGGAUCAAUCUGACGACCUCGGAAAAGCCCAAGCAAGUCAAGAUUCGCUGGGCUGAUACUCUCAACCAUACCCGCCGCGAUUGGCGUCUCGUGACUGGCGAGAACCCUUGCCCAACCAUCUCUGUGGAAGGUGGCUGCGUUCAACCCGUGCUCUGGCAGGGCAAGGACGCCACCCAGAUUGAUGACACCCAUUUCUGUGCGUUCCAUGUCCAGCAUCACCUACAAUCCAAUCGGUUUAUGUAG